GGCCCUGGUGGUGCAGUCUGAGCCCGGUGCUCGGGAGACUGUGGGUGGAGGGGCCUAGGCCUGCGCGUCGGAGCCAGCCGCCAGCCUUCUCCCGCCGCCCGCAGACCUGCUUGAUCUGGGGAGGAACUGCCCCACUGCAGAAGGGAUGGGAUCAGAGAACAGCGCUUUAAAGAGCUAUACACUGAAAGAGUCGCCGUUCACCUUGCCCUCUGGACUUGCUGUUUAUCCCGCCACACUGCAAGAUGGGAAAUGUGCGUCCGUGUUUGUAUAUAAGAGAGAAAAUGAAGACAAGGUUAACAAAGCCGCCAAGCACUUAAAGACCCUUCGUCACCCUUGCUUGCUAAGAUUUUUAUCUUGUACUGUGGAAGCAGAUGGCAUUCAUCUCGUCACUGAGAGAGUGCAGCCUCUGGAAGUGGCUUUGGAAACCCUGUCUCCUGCAGAAGUCUGUGCUGGAAUCUAUGACGUAUUGCUGGCUCUUAUCUUCCUUCAUGACAGAGGACAUCUGACACACAACAAUGUCUGCUUGUCUUCUAUUUUUGUGAGUGAAGACGGGCACUGGAAACUCGGAGGCAUGGAGACUGUGUGCAGAGUUCCUGAGGCCACAGCAGAGUUUCUCAGGAGUAUCCAGUCAGUAAGAGACCCAGCGUCUAUUCCUCCUGAGGAGAUGUCUCCAGAAUUUGCAGCCCUUCCCGAGUCCCAUGGCCAUGCCCGAGAUGCCUAUUCCUUCGGAACUCUGGUGGACAGCUUGCUCCCCAUCUUGAAUGAGCAGGUUUCAGCGGGUGUUCUCUGCAGCUUCCUACAGACCUUGCACUCAACUCUGCUGAAUCCCACGCCGACCUGUCGACCAGCGCUCAGCACCCUACUGUCCCAUGACUUCUUCAGGAAUGAUUUUCUAGAAGUUGUGAAUUUCUUGAGAAGUUUGACAUUAAAAAGUGAAGAUGAAAAAACUGAAUUUUUCAAAUUUCUGCUGGACAGAGUGAGCUGCUUGUCAGAAGAAUUAAUAGCUUCAAGAUUGGUGCCUCUUCUGCUUAACCAGUUGGUGUUUGCUGAGCCAGUGGCUGUUAAGAGUUUUCUUCCGUAUCUCCUUGGCCCUAAGAAAGAGAACGCACCAGGAGAGACUCCGUGCUUGCUCUCACCAGCACUCUUCCAGUCACGGGUGGUCCCUGUGCUGCUCCAGUUGUUCGAGGUCCACGAGGAGCAUGUGCGGAUGGUAUUACUGUCCCACAUCGAAGCCUACGUGGAGCACUUCACGCAGGAACAGCUGAAGAAAGUCAUCUUGCCACAGGUACUACUGGGCCUUCGUGACACCAGCCAUUCCAUUGUGGCAGUUACUCUUCGUAGCCUGGCGGUGCUGGUAUCUCUACUUGGACCAGAAGUGGUUGUGGGUGGAGAAAGAACCAAGAUCUUUAAGCGUACUGCUCCAAGUUUUACCAAAACUAGUGACCUUUCCCCUGAAGGUUCUCCCAUGCAUGUUGUCCACAGCCAGCAGAGUAGGCUCUCACACAUCUCAGAGAACCCCUCCUCUAACUCAUUCCCUAAAUGGCUCUUUUCUGGCAACACGCCCAUCAACAGCAAGAAGCACAUACAGGAAGAGUGUUACAAUACUCUUCUACAGCCAGGUGAUCAGUUUUCUCACUCUAUUAAAUUCCCUAUGAAUGGAAUCUCAGAUGUGAAAAUCAAUUCAGAGGACAAUGGAAACCUCCCAGCAGGUUCUAGUAAGCCUGAGGAGUGGCCUGACUGGAGUGAGCCUGAGGAGUCCGAGCACCAAACUGCCAGUGUUGAGAUGCGGCCCCACGAGCCUUGUGCGGAGUCCCAGCACAGGAAUCUGAAGGCAGAGGAGUGCUGGGAUGACAGUGAGUCUAGCUCUGGUACCCAAGUAGACACAGUGGCUGCCGCCUCUGCUGCCAUGCCUGUUACCUCUGGAGAGCAGAAACCCACUGCAGCACGGCUUCCUCCCACUCGGCACUCUGCUCCUUUGAAAUGCAGCCCUUCCUCAAAGACCAGCCACACACAGCACGGGGACGUUAGACCACCAGAAGUGUCCCAGGAAAGACCCCUUAAAGUUCGGUCACAACUUGGUUUAGGAGAAGAGUUCACCAUACAAGUAAAAAAGAAGCCAGUACAAGAUCCUGAGUUGGACUGGUUUGCAGAUAUGAUCCCAGAUAUUAAACCUUCAGGUACUUUCCUUAUUUUGCCUGAACUGAGGACAGAAGUGAUGGUCCCUGACAAGGACGACGUCUCCACAGUGAUGCAGUUUUCCUCAAAAUUUGCUGCAACAGAACUGACUGAGGGAGAGGCAGAAGGCUGGGAAGAAGAGCUGGCCUGGGAAGAUAACAGCUGGUGACAAUGAGGGAGAGCUUCAACUUCAGGAAGAAUUCUCAAAGAAGUAAUACCUCAAAGCAAGCUGCAUGGAUGUUAAACCCCAAAGCAGCCUGAGUUCCCCAAACCAGAAGCUCUUUUUGCAGUCUGUGCCAACUAACUCAAGAAUGAGACCAAGUUCGAGUUGCUGACUAAGCCGUGAGUGGCAGAAGGCUCUCAGUUCCAGAUUCUAGGAAGAGCCUGUGUGCACUUGAUCGAGGCCAGUUCCAUGAAAAGUAAGUAGCUAAAGUGCUUUUCCCAGGAAAGUUCUGGAAAUAAAAUAAAAAAAUUCAAGCCGGUAAGCUUAAUUUUGUGCCAUUCCUUUAAAAGAGUAAGCUCUACUAUGAAAUAAUGACUUACUGAAAAAAAAGUCUAGCUGUAAAUUCUAACUUCAAACUGCUAAGGUUCCUUAGCAGCUUAUUUAUUUGUUUACAGUUUAUCAUCUGAGUAAAAGAAAGGUCCCUCCUUUGGACCUACCUGGGCAGUUACUGUUUCACGUGUAUUACACUGUACCAAAGUUCUCAAUGAGAAACAUCCCCCAUCUUGUUCUGUGUCAAAUAAAGACUAUUUUCACAUUUAUAAAAGCUUUUAUAUGUGCAAUGAAAAUGUACAAACAUAAUUUACAUUCAUAAUUUCAUUUAUAAUACAUCUAGGCAAGGCGUUGACGAAGAAUCAAUCAGAGUCCAUUCAUAUGUUACCCUGAGGUAUACAGCAUUUUAGCUUCUCAAUCUUUUCUUUUAGUGCCUCCAGUUCCACUGGCAGCCAGGUUGGAGCAGGGGCCUGUUGGAGUAACCACUCAGUUGUGUCCAAAGCCCCUAUUGCUGCUUGAAAUGCUGACCUAUACUCUUCUUCAAAGGGGAACUCAUGCCGGGCUCUUUUUUUUGUACAAGGCUGAGAAAUAAGGAAAGCAUAAAGAAAGUAAUGCCGUAAUGCUCAUUCUGAAAACAAUUUAAGAGAAAUUUGAGAGAAACUGCAGUCAUGGGAUCCCAAAGCGCCCCCUCCCCAUCUCUAAUCAUAUUUCAUCCUAAUCAUAUGUGGCAGCCAAGGAGAACCCUCCUAUGCUAGGGUCCCCCACUGACAAAUGCUGUCUUGUCCAACAACUAUCACUAAGUAUUCUUUUAAAACACCAUUAAGAGAAAUAAAAUGUGAUUUCCCAAAUACUAAGUUUGUAAAUGAUGAGAACCACAGGCUCAAAACAUCUUGCACAGGGGGGGGAAGAGGGACUGAGACCCAGACAUAUUUAAUAAUCAGUUUUCCAAAGGGGUGUCACAGUUUAAACUCACAGGGCUUAUGUAACUGGUUUAUAUUGAACUUUAUGUACUUCAGGCUUACAGCUACAUCUUAAAAGAAAAAACAAAAAUUACUAUUGCCUAAAAUCCCAAACUAUAAUUGUACUUAGGUUAAAAACACAAUUUUGAAUGUACGUAGUAGUGUCCAAUUUCUUCCAAUUAAUAGGUACAUGUGAUAAUUAGAGAAAAGUGAUUGAGGCUGGCUGGAUGAGGAGACAAGAGAUGAAUUAAACAUGUUGAUUGGUAUCUAUGGGUCAGAAAAUAAAUUUAUGUCAUCAUUGAUACAAUAUGUAACUUCUAAUAAU